CCAAGCUAUGAUACCUCUAAACAAAAAGAGCUGAGAUUUGACAUUUUUCAGGAGGAAGAUUCAAACAGUAAUUGUGAUCUUCUGCAGCUGGAGCCUGGGGCCUCAGAAGUGGCCCCCAGCGUGCUUGAGAUUGCCAUUCAGAAUGCUAAGGCUUACCUACUGAGGACCAGUAGCAAGUCGGGCCUCAAUCUAUAUGAUCAUCUUUCUAAUGUGCUGACCAAGAUAUUAGAUGAGCGUCCUGAAAAUGCUGUUGACAUCAUUGAAAAUAUUAGCCAAGAUGUGAAAAUGGCUCAUUUUAGUAAAAAAUUAGAUACACUCCAAAAUGAGAAUGAGCUGCUUCCAAUGUAUGAAAUAGCUGAGAUGCAGAAGACUCUUUUUCUCCAGGGAAAUUUAGAAGGAGCUGAUCAGGAAUUAGAAGAUGAAAUAGCAGAAAGCUCUCUUCCAAAUGUAAUGGAGUCAGCUUUUUAUUUUGAACAAGCCGGAGUUGGUCUGGGCACUGAUGAGACUUACCGCAUCUUUCUUGCCCUCAAACAACUUACUGAAACCCACCCAAUCCAAAGAUGCCGUUUCUGGGGCAAGAUCCUGGGUAUAGAAAGAAAUUAUAUUGUAGCUGAAGUGGAAUUUCGUGAGGGGGAAGAUGAAGAGGAGGUGGAGGAGGAAGAAGUAGCUGAAGAAAGGGACAAUGAAGCAAUUGAAGCUGAUGAAGAGGAGGAAGAUGAAUUACCAAAGGCCUUUUACAAGCCCCCACCAACUAUACCCAAAGAAGAAAAUAGAACAGGCGCCAACAAAUAUGUCUAUUUUGUUUGCAACGAACCAGGAAGACCUUGGGUGAAGUUACCAUCAGUUAUGCCUGCACAAAUUGUGAUUGCAAGAAAAAUCAAGAAAUUUUUCACUGGGAGAUUAGAUGCUCCCAUCCUAAGCUACCCACCUUUCCCAGGAAAUGAGAGCAAUUACUUGCGAGCACAAAUUGCCAGAAUUUCAGCAGGAACUCAUGUCAGCCCUCUAGGAUUCUUCCAGUUUGGUGAAGAGGAAGGAGAGGAGGAGGAAGAAGUGGAGGGUGGGAGAGAUAGCUUUGAGGAAAACCCUGAUUUUGAAGGCAUUCAAGUGAUGGAUCUAGUGGAAUCUCUCUCCAAUUGGGUUCAUCAUGUACAGCAUAUUCUUCCACAGGGUCGCUGUAAUUGGUUCAAUCCUGUGCAAAAAGAUGAGGAAGAAGAAGAGGAAGAAGAUGAGGAAAAAGAAGAAAAAGGCGAAGAUCCUGACUACAUAGAACAGGAAGUGGGGCCCCCUCUUUUGACACCAAUCUCUGAAGAUUUAGAGAUUCAGAAUAUGCCUGCUUGGACAACACGGCUGUCCUCAAAUCUCAUCCCACAGUAUGCUAUUGCAGUCCUCCGAUCCAACCUCUGGCCUGGAGCAUAUGCCUUUUCCAAUGGCAAAAAGUUUGAGAAUUUCUACAUAGGGUGGGGUCAUAAGUAUAGUGUGGACAAUUACACACCCCCAGUUCCACCACCAGUCUAUCAAGAAUACCCUAGUGGACCAGAAAUUACAGAAAUGGAUGACCCUGAUGUGGAAGAGGAGAAGGCUUUCAGGGCUGCACAAGAAGCAACUGUAUUUGCAGCUGAGGAAAAUGAAGAAACUGAGGAAGAUGAAGAUGAAGACUAGUAAGAAUAAAAUUAGCUGACACCUAUGUUUCAUGAAUAUAGACAAACCCCUUAUGUGAGACUGAUUAUAUACAUGUAUGCACAUAGAUACAAACAUAUAUAUAAAUUGGCCAUUAUCUGUGUGCAUGUUAUUCUUUAGAAAUAGGAAACUUGACAUUUCAUGUGUAGAACUAUUAAUGGGUAUAUAAAAAGAUACUCAAUGGAUCUUCCAGAAGCUAAAUAAUGUGAUCAUAUUACUCUUCUGACGACCCUGGCUAAUAGAAUAUAUGCUUAUGUAUUCUUGUUUUUAAAAGGUCUGAUUUAAUUUCUAAUACGAUAAACAUUAAAAAGUCUAAUCCACCAGGUUCCUUGGAAACUUCUAUACUUUUGAGUGUCAAGGAGUAAGGAGAACAAAAGCACUAGUAAUCAGUAAAUUUGAGCAUGUAUUUCUAACCUUUGUAAAAACUGACUCAGGGCAUGUAUUCUUAAAUAUUUGUAAUUGCUGGUGGUCAAGCCUGUGAUAUUGAGUACAAAUACCAUUUAUGUUCAUUUUCUUUUUGUAGGGGAAGGUUCAUAAUUUCAUGACCUGCUCAAAGACUAUUGGAACAUUUUGAGUUCUUUGUAUAUUCUGGAAAUUAAUGAGCCAAUCCCCAAAAUCCAAAGGUCAGAUGUUCUCUCUGAUAUGUGAAUGCUAACACACAACAAAGGGUGUGGAGAAUAAAA